AUGUCGGAAAACUUGAAAAGAGCCGAAUCCUUGUUCAACAGGAUCAUGAACCAAAACAAGCCGGGAGAGGCCAAGCAGAGCCAGGGCCAGGGCCAGAGCCAAGGCCAAGGCCACACGGGCGGCUCGCAUAGAAACAACAACCAGAACAACAGCCCUUCGUCGUCGGCUGGUGGCAAUACCAAUAACAAUAACCAUCGCUCGCUGUACCGGUCCAGAAACCACCAACACAGCUCUGGCUCAAACUCCAAUAGAAACUCAGACCACACUCAUCAUCAUCACCAUCAUCAUCAUCUGCAUAACCAUGGAAAUGGACAUAGGAACCACGACAACGGCCACAGAGAAGACCACAGUGCGCUAGCCAGCAUAGACUUGCCCAAGAGAGACCCUGUUAAAGAGGCCCAGGCGGCCGUGGCCUUGGUCCCAGAGAACCACCACGUGUUGCCGUACUGUUGGACUGUUUGGCAUCAUCUGAGGCUGAAGGUGACCAAGCCAGAGGAGGGUGAAACUGACAGUGCUGUUGCAGCUGCCCAAAAGGCUACCGGCACCGAACCAGCAGCUUCUUCGGCUUCUGCUGCGGUUGAUUCGUACCUCCAAACGACCAACGAGAUUGAGUUUAUCAGCGUGGCUGAUCCCAGCUCCACCACCAAAAGCAUUGCAUCUGUGGAACAGUUGUGGGGCAGCUUGAGCCAGACGAAAAGAGCGUUUGAGUUGCACCACAGCACGCAGCUUCUUAUUUUCAAAACAGGCAUCAACCCGGUGUGGGAGGAUCCAAUCAACGCCAAGGGAGGCCGCUGGGUGUUCCGUUUUGGGCGUCGUUCCCACCCUGGAAACGCUUCCGAUAAGGAUCCAGAAAUGAGCGCCAGAGUCAGACAAAGAACGUCGAUGAUCUGGGAACGUCUUGUGCUUCGUACCUUGACAGGCUCGCUUAUUCCAGAUAAACAGUACCUGAAGCAUAUUCAAGACCAGCUUUUGAGCGAUAUUUCCGGUUUGGCAUUGAGCAUCCGCCGGGACGAGGACAUUGUGAGUUUGUGGAACUCCAACUUGCACUUUGGACGUCGUCGUGGCGGCGACGACGACGAUAAGAAACCUUUGCAGCCGUUCCAGGCUCGUCGGAUCAUGUGUGACGCCAUUUUGCGUGUUAUCCGUGAGUGUGACUUGAUUCUCCAAGGCUCUGACUGCGUGGAGACGUUGGCUACGGGAUCUACUGAGCGUGUGGCUGGUGUGUCUUUUGAAUAUAGACUUCACGCCGAGUCCAACAGCACAACGAUGUACUGGGACCGUAUGAGGAGGAAGAACCACCACCAUAAGGAAGAGCCACGUGAAGAGGAGGCAGUGGCCUGA